CAACACAUCAGAGACAAGCCACAAUAGAGAAGAAUAGCAAGAUGGUACAGUGCGCCUUAAGACUGAGUAUCGAAACUUAACAGCAUCAAGGCAUGGAAUUAUAGACAUACGAGUCAAGUACUUUAAAGAUAGUUUAGUUUCGCGCCCUAAACUGAGAAAAAAGUCAACUGCGAUCUUCAGGACAGUGAAAUAACAUUGCAAAGAAGAUGGACAACGAACGAGCUGGUGAUUACAGAAAUGUACGCAAAGCACUUCGCCAUCACCUUCGCUGUUUAGGAAACUCGCAAUAACAGCGUCGGCUCAGUAACAUUUCUAAACGACCUGACCAGCAAUAACGAGCGCACCGGAUCACGCAGAUCAAUGAAGAAUGCGCGAGUGCACGCUCAGUUGAUGAAGCCGGCGGUGGUAUCAUGCGUGUUGUGCCCGAGCCAAGCGCGCAGUCAUUGAGGUUGGUGUUCCUCUUCAUAUUCGUCAUGGGUGUAGCACCGUCACCGGCACUGACCGCCGGCUGCCCGGACCGCUGCGUGUGCGACGACCAGUUGGUGGUCCAGUGCGCCGGGCAACAGUUAACAGACUUUCCCGUGGACCUUCCGUUGGCCACCCGGCAGCUCAUUAUCUCCAACAACCGGAUUGGUGACCUGCCGGCGCUGCAGCUUAACUACCUGUCGGAUCUGGUGUACCUGGACUGCAGCAACAACUCGCUGACGGAUAUCACAGAGUCCACUUUUGGGAACUUGCGCAAGCUCGCUUACUUGGAUCUGUCUUUCAACACCCUGACGCAGAUCGAGGACCGGACGUUUGGCCCACUGGCCAGUCUGGUCAUGCUUAGGAUGACGGAUAACCCGUGGCUGUCGGAGAUCCACCCGGACGCGUUCGCGGAGAACGCGGCGCUGCAGGUGCUGGACGUGAGCCGUAACAAUCUGACGACGCUUAACAUUAGCUCGCUGAUCGCCCUGCCGGCGCUGCGCUCUAUGGGGCUCAGCGGAAACCCUUGGAGAUGCGACUGCGACACUGAAGACCUGUGUCUUUGGAUUCAGAUAGAAGGGUUCAAGUUCCAAGAUGAGGGGCAGACAGUGUGCCAGGGACCUCCGGACAUGCUGGGCCAACGACUUGCUGAGGUGGGAAUGCAGCUGCGAUCAGAAUGCCACCAGGGCCUGGGUUACUGGGACUAUCUGUUCUUCAUCGCCAUCGGUUUCGUCAUUUUCAGCGCUGGAACGGUGUCAGCGUGGGUAAUGGGCGUGCUCAUGGUUCUUUACGAGCGGUACAACAAGAGGAAGAGUGAGGAGCUAGACAGUGAAGAUGAGGAGACGGCCACCAGAGGCGGAGGAAGUGGAGGUAACCAUGGCAACGGGGACCUUAGCAAACCAGGCAUGCAGGUGUGAUCUGAGGACAGAGGAACCCUGGGAAACCAUAACAUUACAUACCAAGAACAGAGAUUGAGCUGCGGACACAGACGCAAAGUGCACUUUUUUAGAAUGUGUCAACAUAUUAGUUUUAGAUUAAGACAAGUGGGAGUUAAAGAGAAGAGAUGCAAGAAAGAAGAAAAGACAGACAGGGAAAGGUUGCAUAUUAGUAAUGCUUAUACACACAACAACGCUCUCCUUAGUGUUAGUAAUGUAAUAAGAGCAGGGUGAUAAUAUUGUGUUACACACCUGAGAGAGAAACAGGCAAGGAAGCUAAAAGAAUUUGUUUUCAAAAAGGUUCGAAAGAGGUCAAAAUAACUAUUUGAGGACUAAUCCAGUAAACUAUCUCAGUUUUUAUUCAGCUUGGAAUAUAAAUGGACAAUAUGACAAUAUACAGGACAUUCUCUCAAGACUCGUGCAGUGUAUAAUGAGAGAACAAAGAUGGAAAACUCUUUUAAACUGUCUGCACAACUCCCCAGAAGUGCUGAAAUGCUCUAUGAUGGAUUGAGAACAUUAUAUUGCAGGACUCAACAAUAAAGAUUUUCUUUCUGGCAGGUCAGGACAUUAUUUUUACAGGUCCUGCCAACAUCACUGGCCCCACAACUAAUGUUAUAAACAAGACCUUUAUUAACAUUUUAUAUAUUUUUAUUACAUUAUACAUUUGGCAGAUGCUUUUAUUGAAUUUAAAGUUCAUUUAUGUGUGUUCCCUGGGAUUCAAACCCACAACCUUGAUAAUUUAGAAUUGACCACAUGAAGCUCAUUUAAAGUAAAACUAUUAGUAAACAAAUACAAUACGUUGUUACGACGUUUUAACAAUUGAUCAUAUGACACAUGAGAUAUUUAAUUUAGCAGGAUUCACAGGAAUGUUCCGAAUAUGUAAAAUUGUUGCAAAAAUGCAUCAGUAGUGACAACUGUGACUCUCGAAACGCUCAGGCCAUCGGCCCUCUUUAUUGUUGAGCCCUGUAAUGGAUGUUAUAUUAUUGAUCUAAGCCUGUAUGCACUGCACCGAAAAAGCCUUACACACUAGAUGUAACCCGUCCAGCAAUAACACACCUCCAGGUGAUACUGAGAGCAAUAGGGAUGCGUGUGAAUGUGUAAGUGUGUGUGGCUCGCUGCAGCAAAACCACUACAUGUGGGGAAGAUUAAAGUAUGUCAGCAUUCUUUAAUUUUGGCAAGGCUUUAAUUUUUUUAAUCAAAUGUGAUUCCUCCUGCGGUUACAACACGUCACUCAAGGGCAGAGCUAAAGUCACCCCUCUCUCUUCCCACUGCACCAUCAACACUCUCUUCUCCUGUAUUUCAUCCCACAGAAAAGAAUAGAGAAGUCACAUCCCCUCCUUUGUUCUCUGCUCUUUAGCAGAGUGGGAAAGCUAGUUGUUGGGGCGUAGUGUGAUUUAAGAGUUGCUAAAUCCAUCUGUAAUGGGUUGAAGAGCUUAAGCGAUGAUGCUGGUGGAAUGGGCUGCUCUUGAAAAUAUCUACGCUGCUGCUAUAACUUUGAUCAAUAUUUUUUCCAGUCCUCCUUUUUAUAACUAUAGCAGCAUUAAGGGAAUUGCAAAGGGAAGGGAUUGUUUCCCAAUCGUUUGCCAAAUACUCUGUCUUCCAUUGGUCAACAACGUUUUUCCCAAAAAUAUUUACGUUGGUUAGGCCGAUGUUGCUUUGUCAGACUUUUCCGUUUUAUGCCACUAGUGGUGCAAAAAUGAAAUGCUAUAUUUUUAAAAGUAACAGCUACUAUCACACUUGCUCUCACAUAUUAACCCAGCAUAGGUUAAUUAAUAACCCAACAUUGGUUUUGUUUAUAAUUUACCCAAGUAUAGGUUGAAAACAUCUUUUUAUGUGUAGAAGAAUAGUGGCAAGCAGUCAUCUGAUAGCUUUGUUUAUUUUACCGUUUCCACUGUUAGUAUCCAAAUCACUAAAGGAAUUAUGCAAAUCAGGUACUGGCAUAGAAAUGGGCAAAUCUAAUUUCGAUGGCACCAUUUUACAGGUCAGUUAUUGAGUUCUGUAGAGCAGAGGUUCUUAAAGUGGGGUUCACAGUCCAUAACUAGGGGUCCACAAAAUAAUUUGCUAUUAAUUAUAAAAAUAAUUUAUUAAUUUAUUAGAACAUUUAAAUUUCCUAAACACAGGGUUCGUACGGUCAUGAAAAACCUGGAAAAGUUAUGAAAUUUUAAAAUCGAACUUUCCAGGUCUGAAAAAGUGUUGGAAAACGAAUAAACCCAAAAAGUUUUGGAAAAAUCAUGGAAAUUGUCCAAAGAAUACCUGUAAAAAAUAAAAUAUGUUUAAUUGCUAAUUUUAACUAAUUGGUAAAUCAGGCGAUAUUGCGAACAGGCAAAGCAGAGGGAGUGCUCGCUGCGAGAGGGCCCUUGCUGCAGCCAGCAACGUAGCGUAAACGUAAAUGUCUCUGAUAAAUUGUGGAUGUAAAUUUAGAAAAUGCCAGGAAAAUGCCGAUUUAAUAAUGCGUGGCUUCAUUCAGAUAAGUAUAAUGUAUGGCUUGAAAGAGAUCAUGAUCCAGGACGUGCAAAAUGUCGACUCUGCAAAAAAUUGUUUGACAUUUCGAACAUGGGAGAGGCAGCGUUAAGUAGCCAAGCUAAAGGCGCAAAGCACCAGUCUGCUGUUGCGCACGAAGAAACUUUGAACCCCAUCACUGGGUUUUUAAAUCCGAGGAACGCGUGACACCCACAGCCAGCUGCGGUGCUACACUUAAGUCCUCCAUCAAACAAGGGACCAUUUCGGAUGCUGUGUCAAGAAAAGAAGCCCUAACUGCAAAGGUAUUGUGGGCACUAAAGGUGGCUAAUUCUCACUACUCUUACAAGUCGAGUGAAGAUAUAAGACAAGUUUUUCCUGGUAUGUUUCCCGACAGCAAGAUAGCUGCAAGAUUUGCAUGCGAAGAAAGUAAAUGUUCGUAUAUUUGCACGUUUGGACUGGCUCCUUAUUUUAAAAAACUAACUUUGUCAAACAUAUCGAAGCAAAGAGCGUAUGUGAUGUUAUUCGAGGAAAGCCGGAAUCAUUACUUACAGACGAAACAGUUAGACAUGCACGUCAGGCUGUGGCACGGAAGUGAGGUGAAGACUAAAUACAUUGGCUCAGAGUUUAUGGGUCAUGAAUUUUGCCUCGAAAGUAAUGGAGAAGUCAUGGAAAUGUAUUGGUAAAAAUGUGUACGAACCCUGUAAACAAACCUUUUUGAAAGAAAUUGUUUUGAAAGCACAUAAGUUAUAUUAAAAUGAUUCAAGAUGAAAUGUGCUUUUAUUUAUCACUAUGAAACGUGUCUGAAGUAUUUAGUUUGAAAAAGCAAUACACAUACUUCAAUAAGAGUGCAAAUUCUGGAAAACAUACGAGUCAUAACUGUUAUAAUAUUGAGGGGGUCCUUGAAAAAUUGUCUCACGUUUAAGGGGUCCCUGGCCUCACAAAUUUUCAGAACCGCUAUAGAGGAUAUGAUCUGGCUGUAUAUCUGUGAUUGUACUGUACUGUGAUCCUGGCACCUGAAUCAGAUCUUAAAAACGCUUUAAAAAAGCAAGUUUAGUUAACCAAACACACUGUAUGCUCAUCAAAACUGCCGCAAUGGUUACUCAAAAGGGUACAAAUUCAUACAAACAUCUUCCUAUCUUCUGCUGGCAAUAUAUAGUGUUUUUGUCAGUAAUAUGCUGACAUAAGAUACACAGAAAUAUUAAUUACUUACAGCACAGCUCUAUAUUAGCACAUUAGCACCUGGUUAAACUGGUUUGUGGGUGGUUAGUUAUAAGGGUGAAACUUUCACACAAAAGUAGUGAAGCUUAACUCACUGUGUUUGUGAAAAUCUUCAGCUUCACGUUCCUCCUGUCAUUCUCUCCCUUUCUCUCUCUCUCUAUAUCUCUCUCUAUUGGUUCCCUCUACCACACCUGCAUGAUAGUUGCUGAGUUGUUUCAGAUUACAGUUCAUAGUGGGGUGUCGCCAUGUCAACAGUGUUUAGUGUUCCAAAGUGUUAACCCCAUCCUGAGACAGACAGUGUCACGUUAGGGAGUAAAGGAUUAUGUAAAUCAUUCCAGGAAAUGUCUGGAAUAACUUCCUCAAACAAAAAGAAAAAGAAACCUUAGCUAAAAAUGGUGCUGUAGAAACAUGGAGGUCAAAUGGAUCACGCUGAUGUCAGCUUCUCAGUAAUAUAAUUCCCUGUCCACACAUGCAGCGAUUUAUCUGGAGGUCACCAUGCUGCUGUACUGUGGGUUGCUAGUAGGUGUGCCUACUAAUGGAUGCCCUAUUGGAUGUUAUUGGUGACCAUUUUGCCAUGAUUUAAACUGGCCAUUGUUUUAAUAAAUCAGAUCAAAAUUUGAAGGUAUUGCUGGAAAAUGCAUUUAUAUACAUUCUGACUAUGAACAAAACUAAGAAAAAACAACAUUACCAUUGCUUUAAUCUAAGUUGUUUUAAUCUAAGAUGUCUAGGCCAAAUUCUAUCAACCUAAGUCAUAUCGCUUUACACACCUACACUGCAUUGGCAAAAGUCACUCAUGUCAUUGAAAAUGGCCAACAUUACAUCAAAAUUAAAUACGUUUCAGGUUCACUGUAUUUUUAAAAGCCCCUUAAGAAUGGACAGAAAUGGUCAAUAUUAUUGCAGCACUCUGCAGUGUUUGUUGGUUUACCUACUCUGAACUCUGAAAGUUAUCAUGACUGUUGUCAUCGCCUUUAGAAAACUAAAUAAAAUGGUGAGGUGGCAGAUUGGUGUUUUAUUCCUCUAUGAAUAUUAAUGCGUAAUAUAACAGGAGAUAAGGGAUGGGCCCUGGUGCUAUCCGAUGUCUCGUGUAUGCGUAAGAUCAGAACUUUAUCUGAGUUUCCAGGUACGAACAGUGCCACAACACUGCAGUGUGUUCAGCUCUAAAACCGCAAGCAUCAUCAGCAAUGCAGCAGGGGUUGCCUGUGUCAGGAAGAUCUGUAGAUACUCACACACACACAUACACUCAAGAGAACACUAAUGAACCAGUAGAACUUUCAGUGUUCACCCUGCUAGGUCUCUGUGAAUGCACAAAACUUCUUUCUCUAGCAUUGCAAGUGUAUGAAUAAAAAUUGGCUGACGUUUAUUAAGUAUGCACCAACAACUUUUUUAGAUGGAUGCAACCAAUAGUGAUCUAGAAGACAUCUCAAGAUUCUUUCAAAAUGUGCUAAGAGAGAAUGUGCUGAUUUGUAUACUUUCUCAUCAAAUUCUUCCAAGGUCAAAAUAUGCGAAAUUGAAUCAUCUAACCUGAUAUAUUUUUACUUUUACGAGGCUAUGAUUCUAUUUCAAUUUGUACAAUGUAAAAAUUAUUAGAAAAUAAUGAAGAAAGAAGCUCUAAACCUAUUAUCACUGGAGCAAAGGCAGAUCUUUCUAAAUUGUACUACAAAUACACAUUUCUACGAAUAAGCUACUUUGUAAAAUAGUUAUAAACUGACAUCACGUAUGACAUCCCAAAAACAUGGUUGCCCCCAGGAGACAGUUAAAACAUUCACUUUAAAGGUCCAGUGUAUGAAAUGCAGCGGCAUCUAGUGGUGAGGUUAUGAAUUGCAACCAGUGGCUCACUCCACCUCUUCCCCAUCCCUUUCGAAGUACUACGGAGGCUGCACAGGACUAAGAUGUCAUCAAGUUUUCGCUUCUUUGACGAAGGAACCCAGUGUAAGGCUGUCUUAAAUAUAAAUGAUCUGCCUACCUGGACAGCAUUUUGGGAUUAGGGCUGUCACGAUUAUUAAAUAAUCGUCUCAUCGCGAUUGUUUGACCUCAUCGCGAUGGUUUCAGAUCAUCGCAAUUAUCGCACAUCUCUAUAGAAGACACUAGGGGGAGCUGAAGUGCAUCUGCAUAUUGCAUAUUUUAUUAUAUAUAUUGUAACUAAAGCAUGGUAAUACUUGUAAAAUGUACCACCACAACACAAUCACUUUAAAAAAAACUAAAGCAUAUAUCAUAAAAAUAACCUGCAGUACAAUUUAAUAUUAUUUCAGUGUGAAAACCAGUCUACCAAAAUCUCAUUAACAUAGAAGUAAACUUUUUUUCUAGUCUUGCAAGUGAGAAAAAAACAGACUAGAAGCUUUUCUAUGACUGAUAGCAUUUUAAUGGCUUCAAUUCACUCCUGAUCAAUUUACUUCAUUUACAAGUAUUUGGUGGUUGUAUUAUUAUUGACAGGUAAAAGCCUAAACCUUCAGUAUGAUGACCCAAUUUUUUCCGAUGUAUUUCCAAGAAAAAAGCAUAGUCUUGUUGUAACAAAGCUCAAUGUAGGGAAGGAAGGAAGCGGGAACCGGCGAACAUUUCACAAACUUUAAUACAAAAUAAACAAACAAUAAUUCAGCAAAUAAAAGGCCGGCAGCCACCUCACGGUCGACUGCCGGCCACACGAACAUAAACAAACUUAACUUCCGGGCCCGGUCCUCUCUCUCGAUGGUCCGGUCGCUCGUCCUCUUAUGCUCCCGAGCUCCCCCGUGAGGCAUGCGGGGACCGGCGGUCGCACAGCUGACACUCGUUGCCACUUACGCCGCCGGCCCCGCCUUACUCGCCCCACGGCUCUCGCCCCGCCUUCCUCGCUACACUUGUAUUCAGAACAAUAUGGUCGUUUCAAAGCUGAAUAAAAAAUGUAUGAGAAUUAAAAGUCAAAGCUCUAAAACAGACAAUUAAUCGUCAUAAUCGCAAUGAUUUAUUAGACAAUUAAUAGUCAGCCAAAUUUCAUAAUCGUGACAGCCCUCAUCAUAGAUACGUUUAAGGCUUGCAGCCAAGGUUUGAAAGAACAGGUUUUUUGCUUGCAUUUGCUUGAUGUGCCAAAACACUAUGAAGACUUCCUAGAAUUUUAUGCAAAUAUGAAUUUUUAAGAGUGUUUGGUUCGUCUUGAAUGCAGAGUCUAGUCAAUAAUAUUAAUGCUUUUUUAAACUUUGAUUAUCUGCAGGCAGUGUUGCAGGACGUGUUGCUGCAAUAGAAGACUGAAGUUGUGCUCUGUGAGACUGUAGAUUUGUGAAUCGAUUUGCCGUCUGCAGCAGUGUUUGUCACGCUCUGUCCAUCAUACAUGAAGCUCUUCCUAACUGACUGUAGCCACCUUACUGUACUUCUCUUCUCUUCUCUUCUCUUCUCUUCUCUUCUCUUCUCUUCUCUUCUCUUCUCUUCUCUUCUCUUCUCUUCUCUGCUCUGCUCUGCUCUGCUCUGCUCUGCUCUGCUCUGCUCUGCUCUGCUCUGCUCUGCUCUUCCCUUCCCUUCCCUUCCCUUCCCUUCCCUUCUGCAGCUCUGUUAUACCUCAUUUCCCGCCGUUCUUAUCUCUGCAGUGCUGCUUUUGUGAGGGUGAUGGAUAAGGCUGCUGUAAGCUGUCUUCCUGUAUUUUAGAAGAGGACUAAAUCAGGCCGGAUGACAUGUUCCCUCUGGGGACCGAAGCUUAGAAACUUCCCUUGCCUUGACUGAGUUGACAAAUCAAGAAUUUACCUCAUUUAUUCCCUUGUACACAGUACUUCAAAAUGCACAAUUUAGGUUUCAUUAGACUUGUGUGUUAACUCUGCAUGGUGUUCGUUGGGCCAGUUGAAAAAUCACAAAUUUGCUUCCCGACCUUUUAAAUCCAACAGCUACUGUAACAAAGUUUGAAAUGUAUAGGAGCAAACCAACCUCUAUAAUAUACGGUAGGGUUUAAUAUAAUUUGGAAGCAUUCAAAGUUGCAAUUUGUAACUUUUUUCUCUUGAUUGUUUAAGGUGUAAAAUUGUAGAUUAAAAUGCCAUUGAACCACAUAUUUGUACAAAGAGCUUUAGUAAAUAUUAUACAUUGUGAAAUCCAUUACAUUUUUCAAUUCAACCUUCCUCAAAUUCUUAUAAUAUAAUUGAAAGAAAAUUGUUUAGAAUUUAAAUGAGAGUGCAUUAGAUGAGAAUUAAAUUCACAUUAAUAACGUCUUCUAAAAGAAGUCACAUUAUUCUUCUUUCUCAGAAUCAUAACUUUUUAGUUCAUACGUUAUGGGUGAGAAAUAUCAAUCACAGUCCAGAGAAAACCCAUGAGAGCUGCUUUCAACUGCUAUCAAUGCAGACUCUAUUAAUGCUAAGAUGACCUUGUACAGUACGUCAUCAUACAGUAUGACAUGACAUUGUUUACCAUUCACCAUGUUUAACAUUCUCUAACCUGCAAUGAUAUUCCACACAUACGGUCACUUAUCAUUUUUCUGAGGUGUUUGACAGAUCACAGGAACAUUUUGUCAGUUAAUCCGACAUGCCAAACGCUUGCUCAGUGUGUGUUAGAAAGGUCUUCUACUCUAAUAACCCCUCUUGAGCUCUUGGCACCCUGUAGAACAGAAGAAGCAUUGACUGCAGUGUGAGCUUAGAGCAGGAAGCUUGACACGCAUGCGCACACACACACUCACACAUCACAGAGCUGGAUCACUCUUUCAUCGUCUCUGAUGGAAUGAAAACUUUUAUUUAUUAUUUACCUUUUUCUUUGCCUUGUUCUGUCUUUGUAAUUGUUACGCACUCAGAAUCAUUGUUGGGUUUUUAAGCUACAGACAUUAUUUAAGGUAGUUCAACUACAGUCAAGUAAUUGGCUUUAGUACAAGCUACUAAUAAAAAGAAGUGACAGUUGCUAUUUAACGUGAUAUUUUUAUAACAUUUAAUUUGAUUUAAAGCAAAUAUAUAAUUUAAGAAUAUUUAAAAGAGCAUUUUAAGUAUAUACAGAUUAUAUUUUUGCAGUCUGACACAAAUCUGUAUUUAUCUGAGAGACAAAUGGCUGGGAUCUCAAUUAGGGUGAGAGCUUUAAAUAGCAUUAAAACAAUGAAAUGUACUUCAAGGAUUAUACAACAUUUUUUUUGUUUGUGCAAAUUAUCAAAAUAAAUCAUGGUAUACAAAAUAUACAUUAUACAUACAAAGUUAUGUGAAUUAUUUUGUAAACAAACCACAUGAACCAUCUGCCUAAAGUGAAAGAGUUACUGUUUUACUCAAAAAGAGAAAGUAGACUAGAUCAAGAACAGGCAAGUUUCUGUUUGCAAAUUAAUUUGCAGUUAUUUUCUAAGCAGCAGAACAUAAAAUUUUAAUCUCAAUUUAAUAACAGUCAUAUGUAAACUGCUUGUUCUUUAAGUGCAGUUGUGUAUGUGUGCGUUGACAGUUGCGCAUUCAGUAGGGAUUUUAUAUGAAUCUCUCAGACAGCUGCAUGCUCGUUGUGUAAGGGGUGACACACAGAAUCACACCUAUUUGCAGACCCUAUUCCACUGGUCCCAUACAUCAGACAUACACACAGUCUGUCUGUCACAUUCAUACACAAAAAUACACAUUCAACCUUUCUGGGAUUGUAUCGUAAAUGGGUGAGAAUGAGUGCGAAUGGAUGUAAAGGACUAAAUUGUGUAUUUUUAGCAGUGAUCAGAGACUAAGUCCAAUGUGGCUCGAGAGCAAGGUGGAUAAUGGCUGAUAUAAUUCUAAUGUAUAUGAUUUAAUUUAAUAACACACAAUUAAAUUAAAUCAUAUACAAUUAAAAAAAAAAAACCUACUUGCUCCCCGGGCGCUGCAGUGAUAGCUGCCCACUGCUCCGGGUGUAUGUGUGUUCACCACUUGCUGUGCGUGUGUUCACUACUCUCUGGAUGGGUUAAAAGCAGAGGUCACAUUUCGGGUAUGGGUCACCAUAUCUGACUAAUAGGUCACUUUCACUUUCAAUUGCUGAAACAAAAAAAAAACAUCAGAGAAUUUACUCUCUGAAAAAAGCAGACCCUCUUAGUUGAGAAAGUGGAUGCUGUUAUUGGUUAUUAUUAGUAUAAUAUCAAAACAGCCGAAUAUCUAUUGGCUUCAUAGUCUGGAUGAUAUACAGUAUAUAUCAGCUGUCACUAUUUUGUCUCAGUCUGUCACUAUUUUAAGAAUAGUUGCAUGAACAAAAGUUGUUACCACUUGAAAUGCCUAAAUUGAAAGCAGUUUGCAUGAGUUAUAAUAACUGUCUGGUGGUAACGCACCUUAACAUGGGGAUGUCCAAGAAGCACAAGAUGUUUAUUCUUUUUAGGUAACAUCAUGCAGUGCAGCAUUAAAAACACCCACAUACAGUGACAUAGUCCCAUUCCAAACUAGCAUGAGCACAGGUUAUUCUGGCUUUGGGCAUUGGUUUCUCAUACCUGGAUUCCUCUCUGUACUAGAUAAUGUUAACAUGUUUCACACUUUUAUGUUUAGGAAACCAAGUCGAGAAACUUCACAAUUGUAUGAACAUUUAGGGCUUUUCCAGCAAGAAGUCUAUUUAAUAAAACUUAGUAACUUAUAUUAAGUAACAUAUAUAUAUCUUUUACUAAAAAGAACUCUAGAAUAUGUUUAUGGAUUUUGUUGUUGAUUUGUUUUGCUGUUUUAUUUUCUUACUGUGAAACUUCACCUGUAUUAGCAAACAAGGAGGACGCAGGCAGACAAGAUUAAUCAUUUUCUUUGGGGCUGCCCCCUUUGAUUUUGUGCAGUGUCACAUAGAAUAAAAAAGUGAGCUGUGUGUGUGUGCGCGUGUGUGUUUGUGGCUGGACGCGUGUAUAUGUGUGUGGUUUAUAUGUCCAUGCACUACAGCCUGUCAAUUUUGCAUUUAUGUUAACAUUAAAGGUGAUUUGAGUGACUUCUCUUUGCUUAACUGUUUUUUAAGGUCUCUCCCUUUUCCCUCGCUUCACACAGACACACAAGCACACACAUACACGCAUGCACACAUUUGUUUUCGGCCAACACAGCAUUUUUGUAUUUUGGUCUAACUGCAUUAAGGCAGAGAUUAAAAAAUAAAUAUACACCUACAUGCUCACUCGUGAAUAUACUUUUAAAAGCGGACAUUUUUUACUUUGUAGCAUUUUUCACUUCUAAAGUUGC